AACAUAACCAUAAAUAAAUACAUGUAGCAAGGUCUAAAAGGGUCUAAGCUUAGUUUAAUUUUUCAGUUACUUUUAAACGUUAAUUUUUACUACUUUUGAGUAUUUUAUAUAUACAUUUUAGAUUUUAUAAUAUAAAAAAUAUGAACAAUGGGCAUUCGAGGUCUUACCACAUUUAUACAAAAUCGGGCUCAUCUCUACUUGGAAAACUAUGAAUUGCAUGACACCAAUGUAGUUAUAGAUGGAAACUCAAUUGCUUGUCAACUAUACAAAUGGCAUACAUUUUCCCAUGAUUGUUUCGGAGGCGACUAUGACAAAUUCUCAAGAGCAGUACAUAAUUUCUUUGACUUACUCAGUCAAUGCAAUAUAAUCCCUUAUGUUGUAUUGGAUGGAGGGUAUGAACAUCGAAAAGUUAAUACAGUGAUUAGUAGAAUGAAGAAGAAAAUUAAGUCAGCUAAUCAACUCAAUUGUGUAACUGAAACUUCUAUAUCAGUGUUCCCUUUGUUCAUUAGACAGACAUUUAGGGAUGUUCUCACGGAACGGAACAUAAAGCAUGUGGGAUGUGAUUUUGAAGGGGACACUGAAACAUCAAACAUCGCUAGAACAUUGAAUUGCCCAGUACUUAGUUUUGAUUCUGAUUACUUUAUAUUUGAUGUUUUAUACAUACCGUUUUCUACAUUUGAAAUGGCUGUGAAGAGGGGUAAAUCAAAAAAUACCACAACCUAUAAGUAUAUAGCUUGUAACAUUUACAGAGUGGAGAAGUUUUUAAAAUCCUUUAAUGGUUUACAGAAAAAUAGCCUUCCAGUGUUAGCUGUGCUAUUAGGUAAUGAUUAUGUUAAAAGAGGAGUCUUCACAAUGUUUUACCAAAAUUUAAAAAUUCAAAAAUGCCAUGGAAUCCAAAGUGACCAGCAAAAACGAAUCAAAUCCUUGCUUGUCUGGCUACAAAAUGAAACUGUUGAAAGUGCUCUAAAGAAAGUGCUGAGCAGGUAUAAAAAAGGAAGAAGAAAUAUUAUAAUGUAUAAAAUUAAACAAGCUAUAAAAGGAUACAACUGUUUUGAUAGUAAAUAUCUGAAAUAUCUAGGAAUUGAGCCAAAAGUAGUUGAUAAGAAAAAUGUUGACAUCGAUUUAGAAACCAUUAAUAACAGCAUAGAAGAGCCUGACGAGUCUGAGUCACAUACUGAGGUAGAAGAUACUGGAGGAGAACCUGAUAAAUCUGAGUCACAAUCUGAGGCAGAAGAUACUGGAGGAGAGUCGUCACCACCUGAGGAAGAUAAUCUUUUUGUUGAAGAAAGCCCAGAAAUGGGUGUGCCAUCAAGGUUUUUAGAAAAGUUUAGAACAUGUAUCUAUCCACCAUGUUUCAUGGAUAUUUUAAUUCAAAAUAAAUAUUACUGUAUUCCCCAAGUAGAUAAUAAUGCUUUGGAACAUUCUCACAAGAUAUGUUUUGAUAUAUUAAGUGCAAUUCAUAAAAUUUUGUCUAAUAGUAACGAAAAUUUAUUAUGUAUAGGUAGGAAGGGAGCUGAGGGUGUGGCAAAAGAAAAAGUACCAAUUUGUGACAUUAGUCUUCCAAGUUAUAAUGAAAUUGAAGCUUUAAGUAAUUCUGAAUCAACGAAAUAUAUUUUUAAUAUUUUAGGUGUAGAUAAUUCUUAUGAAGAUUGUUUAAAGAUGUUUCCAGAUUCGUGGCAUACUCUUUUGUUGUCUCUUUACUACUAUUUAAAAAAGUCUACAACUUCUUUUGGAUGGCCUAUAGUUUAUGGAAUCAUAUUGUCAAGAUUAAUAUUGAGCUGUGUUGAUAUAAAAUUAGGAACAUUUUUCAGGUCAAGCAAAGUCUUUUGUAAAAAGUUUGGAAAUUUUGUAAGUGAUAAUAAACAUAAUGAAACAGUCGUUCAAGAUGUGAAAGGUGCUCUAGAUACGAUUUCACAACCAGAUUCUAUACUAUGUUUAAAAGCUUUGAUUUCAUAUUUCGAAAUGGAUCACAAAAUGACCACGAAUUAUAAAUCUUUUGAUAGGAGCUUGGUACAUUCAAUAUCAGAGUUUCAAAGUUGUUUCAUGCACGUAGAUUAUCUGAACGUACUAUUUGAUUGUCCCUUUUCCAAUUUUUAUAUUUCUAAAACCUUAAAUUGUACAUUUGUAUAUAAUAUUACUAAAAACCUCACCAAAAGGACUAACUUAGAUGAGUAUAUGAAACUUGUGUUAAAAGAUUCUCCAAGUGUUUUGUACAGUUUGAAUGUUAUAGUUAGUGCAAUGAAGAAGUUUAUACAAAUUGAAGCACCCCAGCAGGUUAUUAAGAAAAGAAGGAAAAAGAAAACGGCGAAGGAGGUGUAUGAAGAAGCUGAAAAAAUUGAAUUCGAUUCUGAUGAAGAGGCGGAAUUUGAUCCUAAUAACAAAUUUGCUUUAUUACGGAUAUGUUGAAAUACAUUUUUAUAUGAAACUAAA